AUGACAACAGUAGUACCAACAAGUAAGAUUGAACUUAGAUUCAAAUGUAGUAGACUUGCAAACCUUGAUAUGCUCAGUCUUUCUGAUCCCAUCUUGGCAGUCUAUCAACAAGAUCGUGCAGCUAAAUGGGUAAAGGUUGGAACAACUGAAAAGAUUGAUAACAAUCUCAAUCCUCAAUUCAAGACACCCGUGAUGGUUGAUUACUUUUUCGAAGAGGUUCAGAAUCUUAAAUUCACAGUAUACGAUGUAGACAAUGACAAGGCACUCGAAUCUCAAGAUUACAUUGGUAGUGCAAUCACUACUCUUGGUGCCAUCUUAUCAAAACCAGGACUCACCCUCGUAUUACCUCUUACCAAUCAAAAGGGUAGACCUGCAGGAUCGGUUCAAGUCACUGCCGAGGAAAUCGAUCAAAGAUCAUCUGGACAAAACUUUCGAGUUCAAGUACAAGGAAAUGGUCUAGACAAGAAGGAUUUCUUUGGAAAGAGUGAUCCUUAUUUCUUUAUUUCAAAAAUGACUCCUUCUGGUUUUGCAAAGGUUUAUGAAAGUCCUGUUAAAAAAAAUACUCUUGAUCCAGUUUAUAGUCAAAUUGAUAUUCCAAUUUCAACAUUAAAUGGUGGAGAUAUGACAAGACAAAUUAGAUUUGAUUUUUAUGAUUGGGACAAGGUUGGAUCACAUGAUUAUAUUGGAAAUUUUGUUACAAGUGUUGAUGAAAUUUUAAGAGGAACAACCAAAUUUGAUUUAAUCAAUGAAGAGAAAAAGAAGAAAAAGGGAUCAAAGUAUACAAAUUCUGGUGUCAUUUUAUUGUAUGCCAAGCUUGUUAGAGAUUAUCAAUUUUUGGAAUACAUUGUUGGUGGAUGUGAAAUUAGUUUGAUUGUUGGUAUUGAUUGUACAGCCAGUAACAAACCUCCAUCUGAUCCAACCAGUCUUCACUUUAAGCAUCCAACCGAACCUAAUCAGUAUGCAAAGGCUAUCGUAUCUAUUGGAAAUGUAUUGGCACCAUACGAUUAUGAUGGCCUAAUCCCAACCUAUGGUUUUGGUGGUAUCGUUCCAGGACAAUCACGUGUUAACCAUUGUUUCCCAAUGAGCUUAAACGAUGCAACCGUCUGUGCUCAAGGUGUAGGUGGUAUUCUCGACAUGUAUUACAAUAAUAUUGGUCGUGUCCAACUUCAUGGACCAACUUAUUUUGCUCCAAUCAUUAAUCAAGUCGCUCAAACGGCUGCUCAAGGUUCAAAUCAACAAACUCAAAAGUAUACAAUUUUAUUAAUUAUAACUGAUGGUGAAAUUUUAGAUAUGGAGAAUACAGUUGAAGCCAUUUGUAAGGCAUCAGUUUUACCAUUAUCAAUUGUUAUUAUUGGUGUUGGUAAUGCAGACUUUUCAAACAUGGUUAAAUUGGAUGGUGAUGAUGGUCUUUUGGUUAGUACCACUGGUUUGCGUGCCGAACGUGAUAUUGUUCAAUUUGUAGCAUUGAGAGAUUCUCUUGGUGGUCCACACCUUGCCGCUGAAACACUUCGUGAAAUCCCAGGUCAAUUAACAUCCUUUUUCAAGAAAUAUAAUAUUCAUCCAAACCCACCAAGACAUUUUGUUGAAUCACCCUCUCAACAACAAAUGAUGGCUCAAGGAGCUCCUAUAGUUGUAGGUCCAGGUCCAGGUCAAUUCCCUCCACAACAACCAGGUCCAGGUCAAUAUCCAACUCCACCACAAGAAAAUCCACACGCUCCAGUUUCUUUGGAAAAGAGACCCUAA